CACACGGCGGACACGUCGCUCAGCCUCAGCUCGCUCAGCCUCUGGCUCCUCUCGUAGAAGCGGGUAGGAUUCAUAAGAUUGCUGUCAUGAGCACCGUCGAUAAACGAGAAAUGAAAUGCAAAGUUGUUAUUCAGCAGUGCCUUACUGCUAAGCUUAAAGUAAGCCCCGAAGAGUACGUCAAUAUUGACCGUGGAAUUGUGGUCUUCGUGUCGUUUUUGGAGGGCGCAACAGAAGGGGACGCUUUGAAAACUGCACGAUCGGUCUUAAAUGUCAAACUCUGUGAAAAAGGGGAAUUAAGCGACAGCGGUGACAAUGGUACGUUAGUAUCGAUAUUAGACCUUCCCGGAAAGGUUCUAAUCGUUCCGCAGGCUUGCAUCGCUGGCAAACGCAAGGGGAACAGUGUGCAGUACCACGGACUUGUCUCCAAGGAGAAGGGCAAAGAGCUCUAUGAAGCUUUCGUGUCUGAAUGUAAGAAACUUAUGUCGACCAGGUGUACCGAAGGUGACUCGUGGGUUCAGUGUGGAACAUACGGGAACCGUCAAGUACUGUCAGUUGAAACCAAUGGACCUUUUACGCACGUUUUCGAUUAUUAGGGCGCCUUAUAGAGGUCUGUUGUCUUCAGAAUGAAUUAUUUAUGAAAUAAUGAACUGUUCUUUUCACUGUUGAACUUGUACGAAAUGUGGUACUGAAAAUGUAGAUAAAUUUUUACAAACUAAAAUAUGUUUAUUGUGUGCACUCAAACUGGAGUGUGGUGCAAGAUGCAAGAAAGCACUUGAAGCUGGUGGCUUUCUGACCCUAGAAUAACGAGUACCACUAAAUUUAAGACGUUCUUUUUUUUCCAGACCAUUUGAGAAGUAAGGCUGUACAUAAUUUUCAAGAUGUAUGUGACCUGCUGUGCCGUAGUUAAUACAGCUUUUGAUAAGGGGGGGGGGGGAGUAUGAAGUUACCUCUGUAAUGAAGCACUCAGAUCAUUUAAGGCUUAUCGCCUGUGUAGCACCACCAACCAAGUGUGUUAAUAAGCAUGUUGACAUACACCGACUCCGGAAUAAAAUUAUUUCAGCAUAUUG